CGCUCUGCUGCCUCGCACAACACACUGAGCGCCUGACUGGACUUCUCUCUGCCAUGGCAGCGACCUCCCAGCUCCGGCUGCUGUUCGGCGCGACUCUGCUUCUGGUUCCGCCGGCGGACGGUCUCGUGGCGUCGCCGCGGUUCGCACCGCGUACGGCGGCUCUGCGGGCGGCGGCUGUCUCGAUGCAGCUGCCAAACAUCGGCGCGGGGGUUGGGAAGUUCAUGAAGUCCAUGACAGGCGGCAGCACCGACGAUCUCGGCCUCUCGGACGACGAGAAGGAGGCAAUGGAGGAGCGGUUCAAGAAAGGCGAGAUGUCGUUUGAGGAUUUUCUGAAGCAGGUGCAGCUGAUGCAGCGGGUGGGAUCCCUCUCGAGCAUGGUGUCGAAGGUGCCCGGCCUGGGCGGCAAGGUGCCCGACGCGAGGCAGCUCGAGGAGGGGCAGAAGCGGUUGACGCGCUAUUCCAAGUUUGUCGAGCAGAUGAGCGAGGAGGAGAAGCUGCAGCCCGAACUGAUCAUCAACGAGGCGCAGCAGCUCAAGAACGGCGGGGCUGCGGGCGAGCGACUGCUCAGAAUCGGCACUGCCGCGGGGGGCGAGGCCCAGGAGGUCGCCAAGUUUGCGCUCGAAUUUAACGUGAUGCGUGGCGCCGCCGUCAAGUUUGCGGCGGGCGAAUCGCCAGAGUCGAUCCAGCGCGACAUGGCCGCCGAGCAGGCAGCGGUAUCCGGACCGAAGAAUCGCGCGAUGCGCCGAAUGGCCAAGAAGCAGUCGAAGAAGAAGGGGAAGGCCGGCGCUGGCGGGUUUGGUCGGUGAAGAC